GGCUUUCCAGGGAACACCAACGCAGACAGCGUGGUGCGGCACCAGCUGCAGCCGCCCGUGGAGGCCAGAUACCUGCGCUUCCUCCCCUCCGCCUGGAACCCCGACGGCCGCAUCGGGAUGCGGGUGGAGGUGUACGGAUGCCCAUUCCGAUCAGAGGUGAUUGACUUUGAUGGAAAAAGUUCCCUACUUUACAGAUUUGUUCAAAGUACCAGGAGUCCAGUGAAAGACAUCAUUUCUUUGAAAUUUAAAACCAUGCAGAGUUAUGGGCUUCUAUUCCACAGACGGGGCAGAAAUGGAGAUUGCAUCACCCUGGAAUUAGUGAAAGGGAGGCUCCUUCUGUUCUUCAAUUCAGGCACCACCGCACCCUCCCCGUCCAGCCCCGGGGUUGUGGCGCUGGGCAGUCUGCUGGACGACCAGCACUGGCACUCAGUGCUCUUUGAGCAUGCCCACCAGCAUGUGACCCUCUCAGUGGACCAGCACUCGAGGCAGUUCCAGGCACGGGCACAGCUGAGUCACUUGGACCUGGAUCCUGAGAUCAGCUUUGGAGGGAUUUUAGCACCUGGAAAAUCUGUGACAUUGCAAAGAAAACACUUUGACGGAUGUUUAGAAAAUAUUAAUUUUAAUGGAGAGGAUAUCAUUGAUUUGGCCAAGAAGCACAGACCACAGAUUCUCAUCAGGGGCAGCGCCUCCUUCUCCUGCUCCCAGCCGCAGCCCGUGCCGGUCACGUUUCCGAGUGCUGGGAGCCACUUGGUGCUGCCGGGCACCCCGGCACAGGACGGGGUCUCCAUCAGCUUCCAGUUCCGGACGUGGAACCAGGCAGGGCUCCUGCUGUCCAGCUGGCCGCCUCAUGGCUCCACGGGCUUUCUUCUCACGCUCAGAGACGGAGCCCUCAGACUGGGGCUGUCCCCACCUCCAGGACAAGCGAGGAGUGACGUCACUGCAGGUGCUGGACUGAAUGAUGGGCAGUGGCAUUCGGUCUCCCUGACAGCCCAGAGGAACCAGCUAAGUGUGGUGGUGGACCAGGCCGGGGCCUCAGUGGUUCACGCAGAGCUGCCUCUGGAGACCCACACAGGCAGUGCCUAUCACUUUGGAGGGUGCCUCCCUCCCAGCUCUGGGUCUGAAUGCGAGGCCUUGCCUGCUGGAUUCCAGGGGUGUCUGAGGCUCAUCUCCAUUAAUGCCCAAGAGGUGGAUCUGAUUUCAGUACAGCGGGGAGUGUUUGGGAACUUCAGCGGCCUGGACAUCGACUCCUGCGGCAUUCUGGACAGGUGCUUGCCCAACCACUGUGAGCACGGUGGCAGGUGCUCCCAGACCUGGACAGCCUUCUACUGCAACUGCACCAGCACGGGGUACACGGGCGCCACGUGCCACCACCCCCUCUACGAGCAGUCCUGUGAGGCAUAUAAGCACAGGGGCAAGUCCUCAGGGAGAUACUACAUCGACCCUGAUGGCAGCGGACCCCUGCAGCCCUUCCCCGCGUUCUGCAACAUGACAGACAUCCCGUGGACCGUCAUGCAGCACAAUGGCUCAGGCCUCACCAGGGUCAAGGGCGCAGACCAGGAGAACCUGCACCGGGCGGUGUUCCAGUACGAGGCCAGCCUGGAGGACCUGCUGGCCGCCAUCACCCGCGCCGGGCAUUGCCAGCAGCAGCUGGAGUUCCACUGCAGGAGGUCUCGGCUCCGGGACUCACGAGAUGGAACCCCUCUGAGCUGGUGGGUUGGAAGCACCCAUGAGAUACACACUUACUGGGCAGGUUCCAUGCCUGAGGCCCAGGUGUGUGCUUGCAGAUUAGCGGGGAACUGCGUUGACUCCCAGUACCACUGCAACUGCAACGCGGACCAGGAUGAAUGGACCAACGACACAGGUGUGCUGUCCUAUAAGGAGCACCUGCCCGUGACACGCAUCGUGGUCGCAGAUGCAGCCCGCCCGAGCUCUGCUGUAGCCUACAAACUGGGGCCUCUGCUGUGCCAAGGGGACCGAUCCUUCUGGAACUCCGCUUCCUUCCACACAGAAACUUCAUACCUUCACUUCCCCACUUUACAUGCAGAGCUCAGCGCCGACGUGUCCUUCUUUUUCAAGACGAGAGCUUCAUCCGGGGUGUUCUUAGAGAACCUGGGGAUCACAGACUUCAUCAGCCUGGAGCUACGUUCCCCAGUGGAAGUGGCCUUUUCCUUCGAUGUGGGGAACGGGCCCUGCGAGGUCACAGUGCAGGCACCCGCCCCCCUCAAUGACGACCGGUGGCACCUCGUCCGGGCUGAAAGGAACGCAAAGGAGGCCUGGCUGCAGGUGGACCUGCUCCCGCCCAGGACACAUGCAGCCCCUGAGGAUGGGCACGUGCGCCUGCAGCUCAACAGCCAGCUAUUUGUGGGAGGCACGGCCACCAAACAGAGAGGCUUCCAGGGGUGCAUCCGGUCCUUGCAGCUGAAUGGGAAGGCGCUGGACCUGGAGGAGAGGGCACAGGUCACCCCGGGGGUGGAGCCCGGCUGUCCGGGCCAUUGCAGCACCUACGGGAAUCUGUGCCACCACGGAGGGCGCUGCCAGGAGAGGCCCCGGGGGUUCUCCUGUGACUGCGAGCUCUCCGCUUUCUCAGGGCCCUUCUGCACACAGGAGAUUUCUGCACACUUUGGAGCUGGGUCCUCAGUGACUUACAAUUUUCAUGAAUUUUAUCUGUUAAGUACAAACUCCAGCCCCCAUGCUGCUUCAUUUCAUGGGGACAUGGCUUUAGCUAGAGAGAUGAUCACAUUCAGUUUCCAAACACUGCAAACCCCAAGCUUGCUGCUCUACGUGGACUCCUUCUACAAUGAAUACCUCUCUGUUAUCCUGGCCAAAAAUGGGAGUUUGCAGAUUAGGUACAAGUUAGAUCUACAUCAGGAUCCUGACGUCUUUAACUUUAACUUCAAGAAUAUGGCGGAUGGGCACCUUCACCACAUGAAGAUCAACAGAGAGGAAGGAGUGGUCUUCAUAGAGGUGGACCAGAAAGCCCGGAGCCAAGUGAGCCUGUCGUCUGGCACAGAAUUCAAUGCCGUCAAAUCCCUCGUGCUGGGCAAGAUCUUAGAGCCCGGCGGCCACGUGGAUGAAGACACCAGGCAGGCUGGCGCUCGAGGCUUCUCCGGCUGCCUCUCCGCCCUGCAGUUCGAGCGCGCGGCCCCGCUGAAGGCUGCACUGCAUCCCGGGCGCUCCGGGCGCGCCUCGGUGCAGGGGCCGGUGGCCUCGUCGGAAUGUGGGGCCGGACCAGGAGGCGGCGCAGCGCGAGAGCACACGCACGCGAGAGCAGAACGUCCUGGAGUGGUGGAGGAGGGGAGACCCAUGGCUGGCGAGACCCACGGACCCUCGGCACUGAUUGGAGGCGUGGUAGCCGUGGCCAUAUUCGUCCUGCUCUGCGUCGCUGCCGUGGCCAUCCGCCUGUACCGGCAGAGGAGCUCGUACUCAACCACGGAGCUGGACGGAGCCGGGAAGCAGGGCAGCUCCGUGGCCGUGCCCAGAUGGCACCGGGCCGACUCUCGGGGUCCUCAGAGGCCUUGUCCCAGGGACGACUCCUCAGCCCCCAUUUGCGUCACCGCGCUUACGUCUCCACGAUUCCGGUACCGUCUCGUCCGUGUUGGUUCUGACGCCAUCGUGUUUGGUGGACUGGAGUCAGCUGCCUAG